GGCUGAUGGGCGGGGCCAAAAAGGGUCAAUUAAAUUAAAUACUUCAAAACUCAGGUGACUGUUAAGGCCCAUGGGCCUCUUGUUUUCUAGUGGUGAGGCCAAUAUGGCAGAUCAUAGCUCUGUACCAAUGAACAGCAGUAAGAAGAAUAUGAAAGAUACCAAGGCUAAAAAUAGGAACACAAAACUUGAAUCUUCUGAAAAGCAGGCUGUAGCAGUUGGAAGUUUCUCCGUAGAUAAAACAUUUAGAGCUUUUAAAGUGAAGAUAGAGAAACCAGAAGAUGAGGAAAAGGAGAGACUGAGCUUUUGUCCCAAAGAGAACCGCAACCUAAUGCAUUACCUGUGUAAGCAUGAAAUCACAAAAUUAGCUGGAGAACAGGGCUGGAAAUUCAUCCUGGAAAACAUAGAUGAUAAACUUGUGGUGAAACUCUUUAUUAGGAAUGAAACCCCUAUUGAGAAAUGCAGGGAUAAAGUGAGAGAAUUUAUUACCAAUUCUCUUCCCCAUUUACAUCAAGAGACCUUCGACCUUUCACCUCUUAGCAGCAAGACA